AGAAGGCCUAGGAUUUGCGGACUUAGAUGACUUAGUGAAGACACCAAGGAAUCUCACUUUCACUAUUGAUCUCUUCAAGGUGGAAUCUCCCAAUUCAUAUCAGAAAGAGUUUUGGGCCAUGAAUGACAGUGAGCGAAUAAGCAGUAUCCCGUCCCUGAGAGAGGAGGGCAACACACGUUACAAGGAGGGUAACUACAAAGAAGCAAGUACGAAAUAUUCUGAAGCCCUCGGCAGAUUAGAGCAGCUCAUGUUAAGAGAAAAACCAAAUGAUGAGGAGUGGAACAAGCUGAAUGAAAUGAAAAUGCCACUACUCUUAAACUAUGCGCAGUGCCAGUUGCUACAGGGAGAAUAUUAUACUGUCAUUGAACACUGUACUACUGUGCUGGACAAGGACCCUGGAAGCUUCUCUGCACCGCGCAAGGAAUGGGUUACAAGUGACAAUGCGCGUAUAUGUUUGUUUGUACGUGAGUUUGUGUUGCUGGGAGGAGGCCUGAGUCAGAGCGAGGAGGAGAUGGCACUCAGUACCAUGAAGCCGGGCGGGAAAGCUGUUCUAGUGCCACUGUCGUUGGCACUGUUGGUUGUGAGGGCGGACAUAGAUAUUAACAACUUCAUUACCAGCCUGAAUCAUCUCCGCACGACCAUGGAAGAGUACGUUGGAUGCGACCAGAGGAUGGAGAAACUGUGGGAGGACAUCAUGACUCGUAACAAGAUGUUUAAUCACCUUAAUGAAAGGCUGCUCAGUAAGAUGGACCAGCUAGCCAAGAUUAGGGAGAGGGAUGAAAUCCAGAGCGAAUGCAAGCCUCCCUUUCAAGUAUUCAGGGGAUACUGCCUCCUGCUCAACACAGUAAGCUCGUUAGAUUGGGCACAGGCAAGGUUCGUUUGCUGGGUCAAGGGCGGUGACCUCGCCUAUCCCUGGAGCCUUCAGGACCUCAAGGAUUUCCUUCCCAAAACAGAAUCCACCACCCUCGGCUCCCGAGAAACGCCAAAUAAGCCAGUCGCCGGAAUCGCGACCCAUGCUAGGAACUUGGCCAUAGGAUCUGGGUUAACUGCAUGCUGUUAG